AAGGCUCUGAUUACUGUCAUUCACUCUCCACCCACAACCACCACAAACGUAUUAAUUAUGGAACAACUAAAACCAACCAUACCCAACUCUACUCCGUUAACCCCUCUUGGCUUUUUAGACAGAGCAGCCACCGCGUACGGUGAUUCCCCGUCUAUCAUCUACAACAACACUACUUACACUUGGUCACAAACUCACCGUCGAUGUCUUCAGCUGGCUUCCUCCCUCUCUUCCAUCAUUGGGAUCAAAAGAGGCCACGUCGUCUCAGUUUUAGCCCCUAAUGUCCCUGCCAUAUAUGAGCUUCAUUUUGCUGUUCCUAUGUCUGGUGCCAUCCUUAACAACCUCAACACUCGUCUGGACGCACGUACUGUCUCCAUACUCCUCCGCCACAGCGAAUCUAAGCUCUUGUUCGUCGACGUUUUGUCUAAGGCUUUAGUUUCUGAAGCUCUCUCUCUCUUUCCACCAGAUAUUAGACCUCCUGCUCUGGUACUUAUUGCUGAUGAUGUUGUUUCAGACCCGCUCAAUGCAUCAUCGUCCGUCGAGUUUGUGGAUACUUACGAAGGCUUGAUGUUGAAAGGCGAUCCUCACUUUAAGUGGGUCAUGCCAGAGAAUGAAUGGGACCCAUUAGUGUUAAAUUAUACAUCAGCUACUGCAGGUACCACAUCGGCUCCUAAAGGAGUGGUCCAUUGUCACCGUGGUUUUUUCAUUACCACCGUCGAUUCUCUUAUUGAUUGGUCGGUGCCGAAACAACCUGUUUUCUUGUGGACACUUCCUAUGUUUCACUCUAAUGGAUGGAGUUACCCGUGGGGUAUGGCAGCAGUUGGUGGUAUCAACAUCUGUCUCAGAAAAUUUGAUGCUUCAACUAUCUACCGUCUGAUCAUAAAGCAUGAAGUGACUCACAUGUGUGGUGCACCUGUAGUGCUUAACAUGCUAGCAAAUUUCCCUAUAGACAACAAAACACAAAAUAUUCUCAAAACGAACCAAAUUCAUGUCCUUACAGCAGGAGCUCCACCACCAGCAGCGAUACUCACCCGCGCGGAAGCAUUGGGUUUUAAAGUGAGUCAUGGCUACGGAUUAACAGAAUCCGGUGGAAUUGUUAUAUCUUGCGCGUGGAAACAGAUGUGGAAUCGUUUCCCUGCAACAGAAAGAGCGAGGCUGAAAGCAAGACAAGGUGUAAGAACUAUAGGAGUGACUAAAAUGGAUGUGGUUGAUCCAGUGACAGGAGAAAGUGUGAAACGAGAUGGGUUAUCACAAGGUGAGAUUGUUCUUCGUGGGGGUUGUGUUAUGUUGGGUUAUCUUAAAGACCCAGUAAGCACUUCGAAGUGUAUGACAAGCGAGGGCUGGCUUUACACCGGAGAUGUGGCUGUAAUGCACCCAGAUGGAUAUUUAGAGAUAAAGGAUCGUUCAAAGGACGUGAUAAUUAGUGGUGGGGAGAAUUUGAGUAGCGUAGAGGUUGAGUCUGUGUUGUAUAUGAAUCCAAUUAUUAAUGAAGCUGCGGUAGUGGCUAGACCUGAUGAGUAUUGGGGUGAGACCCCAUGUGCAUUUGUGAGCCUAAGGAAAAGUGGUGGCAGCAGUGGUGGUGAUCUGAGUCCUGUGGCGAUGGAGAAGGAGAUAAUAGAGUAUUGUAGGGCAAGGCUGCCGCAUUAUAUGGUGCCAAAGACUGUGGUGGUGAAGGAUGAAUUGCCCAAGACUUCGACAGGGAAGAUUCAGAAGUCUGUGCUAAGAGAUAUGGCUAAGGCAAUGGGUUCUUCAAGAAUCAGUCGCAUGUGAAAGCUCAAUUGAUACAAAUGCAGCAUUGCUAGUUAUAUCACGUCAUAAUUACAUUAUUACAGAAAGUACUAUUUGAUAAAGCCCCUAAUAGAAUAACAAUUAAAAUAUAUAUCCAAUGAAAUAAUGCAUCAUAAUUUCCUA